AUGCAACAGCAAAGCCGACUGCAGAAGAUCCAUGGCGAGGACCACGACCCCGUGCCGAAAUUCACGCGCGACACAGUCCGAUCAGUCAAAGCCUCUUGGGAGUUCUUUCUGGCAUGGAUUCGGAUUACUUGGUUUGACAUUUUGGUCAAUUCCGCGAUAGGCGGCGCCUCUCUCGGCAUUUACAAUGCUCCCCUCGCUGCAACUCGCAACUUUCCCGUCACUUUCAAUGGCUCGGGGGAUAUCGUCUAUCCGCAGUUUGCAUAUCCUGAUCGCGGAUGGAUCAUCGACACCUGGUUAUCCGCGCUGCUGUCUGUACUCAUCCCGAUAGUCGUCAUCCUCUUGGCCCAGUUCCGCGUGAAGAACAUCUGGGAUCUGAAUAACGGCAUCAUCGGUCUCAUAUUCUCCAUCUCGCUCGGGACGUUGAUGCAAGUCGUCAUCAAACAGCUCAUCGGCGGAUUUCGACCCUAUUUCCUUGCCGUCUGUAUGCCGGAUAUUUCACGAGCUGCCGCUAACAACAGGACCGGACUUAAUGCCGUGGGCUUCCAACAGAUCAUGUACUCGGUCGACAUCUGCACCCAACCGGAUUCAGCCAAACUGAAGAAUGCCAUGACCUCUUUCCCAUCCGGUCACUCGACAGCUGCGUUCGCAGCGUACGUCUACCUGUUCUUGUAUCUCAAUGCGAAGCUGAAGGUGUGGGCCAACUAUCGCCCUGCGCUCUGGAAGAUCGCCCUCACCUUCGCUCCGCUUCUCGGAGCACUUCUCAUCGCCUGCUCACUUACCAUCGACCAGGCUCAUAACUGGUAUGACAUCGUCGCAGGCAGCGCCAUCGGAAUCGCUGUGGCAUUUGGUUCUUACCGUGGAUGCUAUGCAGCCAUCUGGGACUGGCGUUUCAACCAUAUUCCCCUUCAACGACGAGAUCAAAUGGUUUAUUUCCCGGAAGACGGUACGGAAUAUCGAAACAUCGUGUUCACAAGAUCAGGCGGAUGGGGACAGACGGGGGAAGAGGCGUUGGAGAAGCAAACUCCCAGCCAGCGAAGCAGUGCUUCGUACGCAGCUCAGCCAAACGCUCCUCAAGUGGGGCCGGAGAGAGAAAUUCUGCCUUCACAGACACCACGUACACGAUACAAACAUCAUAGAAGAAACACUCAUCGGGAGGGAGAGGCAGUUUAA